AACAAUCCUUGCAACUCAACCUGCAUCAACAUCUUAAACUUUCACGAAUCAAAAUCACCCUAGUCAACAAACUUUUUCAUCUCACUUGUUCCAUUAACAGAUUCCAUCUUGAUCUAUAUUUCAAAAGACGAUCAAUAGCAACACAAAACUUUAAGCAAUACAGAUCAACCUUACAACCUCAAAAUCAAAACGGAUCAAACCUUUAUUCUCUACACCGAGAACCUGGCUUUGUUUGGGUAUUCGACCUAGUUUCUUCUUGAUUGAGCUGAUCUAAACUUAGCAAGUAAUAGAACUCAAGAAAACAAGCAUACACAUACGAGAUUUGUUCAUCCGGACUUUGUUUCCUACUAUCCGCAAAACUCUCGAACCUUGAUUAUUGAUUGAUGUGAUACAAAAGACUGAUACCUUGUAUUGAUUUCAGACUUGAAAUGAAUGUAUUCGGUUAACCAAAAAAAAUAGACCAUUUUUUCCGGUAGCUACAUGACACUAGCCUUUACAUAUUUAUUCGAGAUUAUUAUAUACCCGACAUUCUGCCCCAAACAAAAUUCCAUCGAAGUUUAAAACAAAUAAACCGAAACCAAACUACCCGAAUAAAAUCAAACCGAUUAUUUAAUUUGGUUUCAAUUUUCCAAUAACCGAAAUUAUCCAAAUCGAACCGGAGCUACCAGACUUGUCUAUUUUGAUUUUUCUUCUAACGAAAGGAGACUUUAGUCUGAUAAAUCACGCCCGUAAUAAAAUAUAUAGCUUCUCCGAGGAUUCGAUUCGAUUCGAUGAAGGCUGCUCGAGUCUUGGCGGCUGCGGCGGCGAGGGUUGGACCGGCUAUAAGGAAGCAAGUGUUAACCAUAACGGACGAAGCUGCCUCUAGGGUUCAUCAUCUCUUGCUCCAGAGGCAAAAACCUUUCCUCCGACUGGGCGUUAAAGCAAGAGGCUGCAACGGUUUAUCAUACACCCUCAAUUACGCAGAUGAGAAAGGGAAAUUUGAUGAGCUGGUGGAGGAGAAAGGAGUGAGGAUCCUUGUGGAACCCAAGGCCUUAAUGCAUGUGAUUGGAACAAAGAUGGAUUUCAUAGAUGAUAAACUAAGAUCAGAGUUUGUGUUCAUCAAUCCAAACUCGCAAGGUCAAUGCGGGUGUGGUGAAUCGUUCAUGACAACAUCUACUUCCUCGAGUGCUAAACAGAGUGGAUAGUGUUGGCUGCUGCACUAUCAUAUAGUAUUAUCACUUUGUUACUAUAUAAUCGGAGUCGUUGAUUGGAAACAAGUCCGGUCGUUGCUCAUAGAUAUUACUGAAGCUUGUGAUUUGUGGAGAUCAAUUAAUGUAUUCUUUAGAACACAAAGUUAUAAUAAAGUGUUGGAUUAUGUAAAAAGUAAUUGAUCUUAGAAUCAGGAGUUUUCGCUA